AUGUCUGAAUACAUCCAAGUUAACAGUGAUCCACAGGCCCAGAGGAUCUUAAAGGGCUUCAAGCUUAUCAGCCUUACACUCAAGAACUCUAGCAAUGGCAAAGUUGCUUGGACCUCUAAGGACUGGACUGAUGACGUCUUUUCAGCUGUCAAGGACGCCCACCUUCCAAAGGAAAUGCUUGGUUAUCCAGCCGUCGGCCGUGAAAUCGUCUUUUCAACUGAAGAAGCUAUCAAGGAGUUCAGGAUUCAACAAGACAUCCUCGUUCAUGGCCAGAACAUCGAACAGUGGAAUUAUAAGUUUGGAUUUGUUAUCCCAGGAUCAGAGAACUCUUGGGAGACAAUUGUUGAGGCUGCAGGAGAAGGAAAUAUGCUUCCAGCAGAAUAUCUCUCUGGAAACAUGUAUAUUCUUACAUCCUUCUAUGCUGGCAAUCUCUUCAUCUCAAGAAGUGUUGUCAGAGUUUUCUACGAAUAA